AUGGCUAAUCCACCACAGGCAACUUGCACCCUAUUACCCGACAAUUUACGCGAAGGGUGGCCAACACACAGCCCUAUAGAUGUCCGUCUCCGCCACGAGCUCGUUGUGAGUCUCCGGUGCGGGACCGUCAGCCAGGAAGUUAACCAGCUGAUCGAUCUUGUCCUUCUGCGCGGCGUCACUGGCCAAGAAGCUCUGCAGAUCUCCCAGACCCGAUGGCUGAGCAAGACUGUCAACCAAUGCGUCGAGCUCGUCUUGUCGGGCCUGUUGCCCCUCGGCGAAAACGUCGUCGUUGACCAGCAAUAUGUGACGCUUUUUGGAGUUGCAGCAACAACGAGUCGCUGUCAACGACGCAUCACUUUCCCUUGCAGCGUGCCAUGGCACUACAUUUCGGCUGGAAUCCGAGCAGAGACCACACUCUACGAGGUUGGGGCUGGGACGGUGGAGUCCACGUGCCCCUUAGCCAUUAAAGAAGCGGCACCCAAGACCGACCACCAACGCAGCUCCAAGAAAAGCACAACUCGAGAUUUUGUUCCCACUCGGUUACCGUCCGGAACUCUACACGCGCGUGAUGAAGCAGGUCCGGAUCAAAGCAAGACCUUCCAGGCUGCAAAGACGCUGUAG